UAGUUGAAGUUGAAUUUAUUUGUAAACACACUAGGGCAUUAGGCCAGCGAAUUUAUUACCCAUGUUUGGUUAGCGUAUAGACAUCCCUCAAAGAAGUAGAAGCUUGAUACUCUUAAUAUUAUUUAAUGUUAAUGAUUCUUGACAUAAAAUAAUAUGAAAAAUCCUAAAGAUAUCGUGUUUAUAUGUAAAGCCAUUUCAGAAGAAACUAACAAGGGAAACGAUUCUUAUUGUGACGAACUGGAAAACAGAGGUUUUACAACGAAAAUGAUUCCUGUGUUGGAUUUCACGUAUAAGAAUAUGGAUACUUUAAAAUGUAAAUUGUCUCAGCCAGAUAUAUAUUCAGGAAUCAUAUUUACAAGUCCAAGAUGUGUACGAGCAGUAAUGAAUGCAAUUGAAAAUGCUGAGAAUCUCGAUCACAGGUGGCAGCAAUUACAGACUUUUGCUGUUGGAGAAACAACUGCUCGACUAGUAAGUGAAAGUCUCAAAUUGAAUCCAGAAGGCAGCUGCGCAGGAAACGGUGUUACCUUAGCUCCAAUUAUUGUAAGCAGUAAACCUAGUAAGCCACUUCUUCUGCCUUGUGGUAACUUAAAGAUGGACACACUGGAGACUCUCCUGACUGAGGCAGGAGUGAAGACUGAUGCAGUAGAAGUGUAUGAGACUAUUCCACAUCCCGACUUGGAAAUCACAUUAUCUGAUGCGUUGUCACAGCAGACACCCUCUUACAUUGUCUAUUUCAGCCCCUCCGGUAUUCACAAUACCUAUCCACUUCUUAGUAGGAGUGGCAUUGACUUGGAUAAAAUCAAGUGGGUGUCUAUCGGACCAACAACAGCUACAGCUCUACAGUCAUAUAAUCUAACUGUCCACUGCUCUGCGGCCAAACCUACUCCUCAGAGUCUUGCCGAUGCUAUCAUCUCAUCUUCAACCCAACAUUGAAGAUUCUUUUCUUCCAGGCUAUAAUUUGUUAUAGUUCGAGCUGAUAUUAAAGUAUCCUCACCAUAUUGUUGAUAGUGAAAAUAACAUUUAAAUUACUUGUAUAUACUUGUUGAAAACUGCUCUGUAUAAUAAUUGUAUUGUGCAAUAUAAAAUUAUAUAUGAAUGUUUUAAAAA